CCUCUACGGGAGCGCAUGCGCCUUAAGCACCAGUCCCGCCCAUGUGUCCCGCUUCCUGUCAGUCUGGCAGCGCAAGCGCAAAUUGGAGUCGGUGUUAUGGCGGCCGCUGUGUUGGCCGAGGGCUCGGUAGUGUCUGGUUAUUCUGGGAUUAAUCACAACAGCCAUGGAGCAGCGUCGGGGGCCGGAGUGGGCGCAGGGCCGGCUGCAUGGAACCGUUCUUUGGAGAGGGCAUUGGAGGAAGCGUCGGUGACCGGGGUCCUUAACCUGAGUGGCAGGAAACUGAGAGAGUUUCCGCGGAGUGCAGUCCAGCACGACCUCAGCGACACCACCCAAGCCGAUUUAUCUCGGAAUAGACUAUGUGAGAUUCCACCCGAGAUCUGCAACUAUGUCUCCUUGGAGACUCUGAGCUUCUACCAGAACUGCAUACGACAUGUGCCAGAAGCAACCCUAAAUUUACAGGCCUUGUCCUUCCUUAAUAUCAGUCGCAAUCAGCUCACUUCACUGCCUGGACACCUCUGCAGCCUUCCCUUGAAAGUUCUUAUUGUCAGUAACAACAAGCUAGACUCUUUGCCAGAAGAGAUUGGAGCAUUAAGGAAUCUCACUGAGCUGGAUGUAAGCUGCAAUGAAAUUCAGACAAUUCCUACACAAAUUGGAAAGUUAGAAUCCUUAAGGGACUUAAACAUCAGGAGAAACCACUUGGUGCAACUACCACAUGAACUUGCAGAACUGCCACUAGUCCGCUUGGAUUUUUCCUGUAAUAAAGUUACUUGUAUUCCGGUGUGUUAUCGAAACUUAAGGCACCUCCAGACCAUCAUGCUUGAUAACAAUCCUCUGCAGUCUCCACCAGCACAGAUAUGUAUCAAAGGUAAAAUCCAUAUAUUCAAAUAUUUGAAUAUUGAAGCCUGCAAGAGUGCCCCCGAUAUUCCUGAUUUUGAUAGAAGAACACAUGGCUUUGGCUCUUGCCACGAUGACGGCUACAAUGGACGACGGUAUGGUGCUCUGGACUCUGGCUUUAACAGUGUGGAUAGUGGCGACAAGAGGUGGUCUGGCAAUGAGCCGGCUGAUGAAUUGUCAGACGGAACUGUAAGAAAUAGUGAUGCAGGCAGAGAGCAGCGACUUCGGAGAGAACAUCAUCUGCAAGAGAGCAGAAGCAACUCUGUUAUUCCCAACGGUGGUGUGGAACAUGAUUUGGAUCAAAUUGACUAUAUAGAUAGUUCUGCUACAGAGGAGGAGGAGGAUGACAAUAGGUUAUCCAGAGGAAAUAGCCUGAGCUCACAAUUUAUGGCUUACAUAGAGGAAAGACGAAUCUCCAAUGAGGGAUCUCCUGUCAAACAGUCACCAGUGAAAGAGAAUCAGAGAACAGCUGAAGGAAAGGUCAUUUUACAUCGAACUAGAGAAAGAGAAGAACUGAGAAGACCAGAAUCCUUAAGCAUUUUGAACAACAAGGAAAGGCAGAUAUCACCACGGACACAGAAUGAAAGGCAACCUCUGGAUGCUAGUUACUUGCUUUCCAUGGCACCCAGCCAAGUAACACAAGGUGAUGCAGAACUGCAACGUAAGAGAAUUUUGCUAGAAAGCACAAGGAGGGAGGCACAAAUGGCAGCUCAGCGUUAUGAAGAAGAGAGAAUAAGAAGUGGGCUAUCACAGACUAAUUCUUUGCUUGGCUCCUUAAAAAGUGCAUCCAUGAGCCCUGAGAGAAAGAGCAUCCUCAGCAGUCAGUGUCCCUUUCCAUCCAGACGUUCCCAGCACACAGAUGAUAGUGCCUUGUUAGUGAAUGGUUUUGAGCCACACUUGGUCUUUGAGGUUGACAGUAAUACCAAUACCAUUAAAAGGAGACCAGGAAACCACAUGCAGAGUGAUGAGAGAUCUUCUGUUUCAUCAGUCUCGCCUGCUUCUCAAACAGUGCACUUAUCCUCGCCAGCUUCUUCCAGUUCCUGUCGAUUCCCAUCACGCCCUGAAAGCUUCUUAUUUAGAGCUGCAAUACGAGAAGAUGUUAAGAGGGGUAGCACACCACCUCCUCCUGCCUUCUCUUCCAGUGAGUCUACAACUAUAAGAACAGAACAGAACUCCAAAUCUAGACAAGCGGAGCGGGAAGGGACAGAACAGCUUAGAAAGAACAUUGAGUCACGCUUAAAACUCUCUCUACCCCAUGACCUUGGUGCAGCCCUGAUGGAUGGUGUUGUCCUGUGUCACUUAGCCAAUCAUGUUCGACCUCGGUCAGUGCAGAGUAUCCAUGUUCCCUCUCCUGCUGUUCCCAAGCUCUCCAUGGCAAAAUGCAGACGCAAUGUGGAAAACUUCCUGGAAGCUUGUAGAAAAAUAGGCGUUCCUCAGGAUCGCCUGUGUAUUCCUCCUCACAUUCUUGAAGAAUCUGGGUUGGUGGAAGUGGCCGGAACAGUACAGGCCCUGUUGGACCUAGCUCCCCCAAAGCACAUGUCCCCUUCUACAGUGUGAUGUCCUGAUCUGCCUCAGGAUCGAGAGCAGUGUGCACACUUCCUGCAAUCACUCUCUGAGGAUGGAAUAGUAGGGCAUAAGCACAUGGUUCAGUAAGCAUGUAAUUCUUUCAAUGUUGGCGAAUAUUGAGAAUGGAGCUUUUUGGUGCCCAGCAACUUCCCUGAUGCCAUCCUGAGCACUUUUAAUUUUAAAGUUAAGGUUUCAUGAGGAUUUAUGGACACAUUGGUGAGGUGCAAUAGUGACUAGACUUAUAUGAAACUCAGCAUGACACAGCUGGGUGAUAGUGCGUGUUCCUGUUAUGACAAUAGGUUUAUUGUGUUUUUUAUUUUUCUUAACUGCUUCCACCCUCCAUUUGAAAAUACCUCUGUCCUGGGAAAUAUGCCAUGUGUGUGAAUAGUCUCUUUCCAUAUUCUAUACUGACAAAAUGGACAUCAGUGGAUGUAAAUAUGAAACCGCAUAUUGGAGAUCUAAAAAGGUAAAGACAAUACCUGCAACCUCCUGAAUCUUAUGAGAAUCACCUGAGCUUUGAUGUCUGCUAACCAGAUGCCUCGAUUCUGCAGAUAUUGCUUUGCGAAGAGAGUAUGACUUAUGCUCAGGGUCUGUAACACAUCUAUGUUACAUAUGUGCGUUAUCCACAGCUGUAGGAGCUGCAAGCAUUCAAAGCACGAGCGCAUUCAUAGGCACGUCUCAAUAUUAUUUGUCUCCUUGCUUCACAGUUUUGGGUUUAUUUAUUUUAUUUAUUAUGUUUCUAAGCUUUAAUAAAUCCUGCCUGUGAUAUACACACUCCCCAGCAGGUAAGGGGCAUGUUUUCAAGGGAUAUGAUCAAGAAUACUUAAUCUUUAGCUCUAUAAAAUACAAAGCAGUCAUCAAUUUGAAUUUUAUAUUCAAGUGAUUGAGUAUUGCAUAUUCUGCCUGAUUAGACUACAGCAAUAAAGCUUAAGUAAAGGUCUAAAUAUUAGAUUAAAAUUAAAGGCCACAUAAAAUGAAUGGUAUAUUUAUUACUUCUUAGUAAAUCCCUUGUUGAAAGCACAUGCAUAAGCCUAUAAACCUUGGUCUCCAGAGAGGUGUGGGUGACACGGUGACAAGUGUGCUCUGUGACUUUUUAACCCUACCUAGAGCACAUCAUGUGUUGCAGUGUCUCCAAACAAUACAGCACAUAUAGACAAAGUGUGUGUCCAACAGAAAGGGAUGGCUAGCAGGCCCAUGUACUUUAAAGAGAGGGCUGGCUAGCAGAGAGAAAAUGGCAGCUUUGUUGGAUGGAAGAUGUUGUUGCACCAUGUGGCACAGACGGACAUGAAUUUCUUCUCCUUAAAUCCAUUGUUUACAUAGUUCAUUGGCUUUUGCCUCUGGCAUCUGAACCGCUGCACAGUAUCAGUAGCAGUGUUUACCUGCCCUGGCUAUAUUUUGAUUUAAAAAUCACACUGAUACCUGAAACACUUUGUUUUAAAUACUUAAAAAUAUUGUAUAUAAUUCACACACCUUUCCUGCCCAUAGUAUGUAUAUAAAAUGCAUACAAGAACUUGGCCAUUAUUUCUCUUACAAUUCUUUAUUUUUUAUUUUUAAUCAACCUUUGGUCAUUUAUUUUGGUUGGGCAACUGAUUAGGGAGUUGAACACCACAAAGGCCAGCCCUAACAUUAAUCCUGCUAUGUAAAUAGUAACUGGAUACUGUGCCAUGUUACCUAAAUAUGAAUUUUUUAACCAAUCUGGGGAAAUAAUCCAUGUUAUGUAACUGCAUUAGUUGCUGAAUCUGAAGCGGUAAACAUCAGCAUACUGUACCUAACAUGCGAGCUAGAAACUGUAACUGUUUUCUUAUAAUCUUGCCACAAAUAAUAGAUGUUGUUCACUUCAGAUACGUGUGGGCAAAGGCAUAGAAAUAAAGGGAUGUCAUUAUCCGGUAAGACUGAUUUAUAUUUGAUUCGGCUUUCCCACUAAUUUAGGCUAAUAGCAAACAGGUCAUUUUCUGAACUAGUGAUAUAUGAUAUUAUAUUUGGUAAAUCUGGCACAUUACAGCUCUAAAACAUCAUAAUUAUAGUAUAUAGGGCUAAUUACAGGGAAGUAGUCAAGCUGGCCAUACACAAAACAAUAACAUGUUUGGUAGCCCGCUGACCCCAACUGAUGUCCCAUGUACUGCUCUGGUAAUGUUUUACAAUAAAAAUGUAUUUUAAGCAUUUAUUUUACUCAUGUUAAAGUCUAUACAGGAGUAUACUGCACCUUUAAAAACUUCUGACUCUCUAUGAUAUCUCUUAAAUAAUAAAAAAAAAAAAUAAAAAAGGGAUGCACUAAAUCCGUGAUUCAGUUUGGGAGUCAUUUAUAUUUCCCAUAUUUUUUUCUCGGAUGAUUUGUUAUUUGCCCAAACUUAAGAUGCAUUUGGCGCAUUCCUUUUUAAAUAUAUAGUGUUUGCAAGGGUUUACAUUUACUGUUUAUACGUUCAGAAAAACAAAUUGAUAUUCAGUUUUAUUUUUUUUUUUACACAGGGUGCCUUAUUUAUCUGUAUAUUUGUGUUUAAUCACAUUGGAGGUGUUGUGCUUCUGAUGGAUUAGAAUAAAACCAUGGCCUCCAUGGACAUAAAUGUAACGCCCAUAUUUACCAUGCCGUAGAAAUUACAUUGUAUUAAAGGGGAUAAUAGUAAACCACUGUAAACUGUAGAUUUGGCCAACCCUUUUUUGAGUUCUGGACUAUAGGUCAGCUGGCCUACCUGCUAUAGAAACAGAACAUCCAUUUUUUAAUGAUUUUUUUCUUCAUUAGUUUGUACCAUUAGGCUAUGGAAGGGAAGGGUUUUGUGGAAUACAACAACUUUAGAAUGAAUUAUGCAAAGACUUGAGGGCUUUCCUUCAAUGUACAGAUGCAAAUAUGGGAUUCUGAAUGUAAAAUAAUAGAGUUUUGAACUAGAUUUUACUGUUUCUUUUAUUAGAAAAAAAAAAUUGAUGUAAUAUAUUUUUGUGUAAAAUGUUCUAUUUGUAAAUAUUCUAAGGUUGCUUGAGCAGUCAACCUGGAACGGUGUAACAAAUAUUGGAAACCCUCAAGUUUUUCUGUUUUUGAUUUUUAAGUUUAUGGUGAAUUGUUAUAUGAAAAGGACCUGCAUGGGAUAGGAAGGCCUUGUAUUUGUACAUUUAAGGUAAUGAGCAAGAAAAUGCACAGUAUCACCUUAAGCAGAGUGUUUUCCUGUUCAGCAGGUGGGAGGCAAUGCGCCCCACCCAUUCAUUCCUAUGGAAAUUACCUGCACCCCUGGGUGCCCUAUGUUAGCAUAGGAAUUAUUGGGCGGCGAUUACAAUUAAACCGCUCAUCAAAUGGGAAAUCACCCUGGCAUCUAUUUGUGGAAUCAGCUGUGUGCCAUUACUCUUUAUUGUGUUUUUACUGUAAGAUAUUCUAAAUUUCUUAGUCUGCAGCAGCGCUCUGCCUUAGCUUUAUAGUUAUAAUUCCAUAAGUAUUGUAACACUGACAGUAUAUAAUAUAAAGUAAACAUAUAAGGAUAAAAAUAUCUUUUAUGUGUAUGUAUUUAUAAAGAAUUCCCAGCAGUUCACACACUAAUGCACAAUACUAAGGUGCCAGCAAUGAAUAUAUGAACUGUGUAUCAAGAAUCUGCUAAUAAGGUACUUGUGCUCUACAUUAGGGUGAUCAGAUCACUUGAAAAUUCAUGAACACAUCUAGAAAAUACAGCCAGCAGGGCUCAACUUACUACAGUUAAAUUUAAAUGCACAGUACUGCAAUGUGUAUUUAUUAGAUGUGUCCCUGAAUUUUCAAGUGAUCUAGUCACCUUAUUCUAUAUACGGUUAUUAACAUUUCACUGCUCCCCGAGGACAUGCUUAUUAUUUCCUUCUGAAUAUAUCCAUAUGUAAACAUCUAUUUGUGUUCCUUAUGUUUAUAAAUGCUUUGCUAGAUUUCUUACUUUUAUACUUUUUAUUACUCAGUCAGCCAAGAAACCUGUCUGCGAUUUAUUCUCAUACCACACAGGGAGAUUAGUUGCUGCUGCUUGUGGGGCAGUUGUUCAAAGGCUCCCAGAGGAAAUCUUCAUGCUGUAUCUUAGUUUAAACAACCAAAAAAAAAACAUUUGCAAAGGUCAAAUCAUAUACAGUCUGUUGAUUGUGGAAGCUUUUUUUGGUCCAUUUUUGCUGACAGACCAAUAUGAAAAUAGCCCAACAUAUGCAGUACAUUUCUUGUCCUAUAAAUUUCAACAAUUUAGAGGUAAUGAAAUAAUAUUGUGUAUUUAAACAUAACUGUUCCUUUACAGAGGCAUUCAGUUUAUAAAGAUAUAAUAGAUACAAAAUAAAUCAUCAUUUUCUCCAUUGUUUGUAGAUCAUUUUGACCUUUGGGUUUGGAGUGUGAUGCUGCAUUGCGUCCAUAACAGCAAUGAAUCACCUGUGGUACUUAGUAUUAAGCUACUAAUCUACCCAAACUGACAAGCACUAGUUGCUCCUGGUACAUCCAUGGUACAACAGUCCUACUCCAGGUUUGGAAUGUUGGUGAUCUUUUUGCUGGCUUUUCCUAGGAAGGUCUGCCAUGGUAUUUUCUAAUCCCAAGGGUUUAUCAUGAUAUUUUGUAAUUCCAAAUAAAUCCAUUUUAUGGAUUAUGGGAUUGAAGCAGUGGUAUUUUUUUUAAAAAAGUGGACUAAAAAUAUACGCAGAAAACAGGUGUAGUGCUCCAUAUCAUGCUGAAAGGAUGCAGUGUAGCAUCGUUCUCAUUGCUUUAAUUUAUCAAGUCAUUCAUCCAACCUUCUAAUCUAAUUCAUUAAUUUCUACCCACUGGCUGGAUUGUGAGGUUCACUAAACUGGCUCCCCAUGCUUCUGUAUAUACUACACACAACAACAAUUCUGCUAUAAUUUAGCUAUCAGCCAAAUAUGAAGAUACUAUAAUUUCUACAGGUUUGGUGGGUUUUUGAUUGUCAAGGGGAUCCACUAUAAUUUCUGCACCUCUGAUCAAUUUUUGGCAAUAAGCAUGUAGCCAUAAACCAGUAUCAGGCACCCAGACAUCCUCUUUUAACCCAGCAGACUACUGACAAACAAUAGCAAGACAAAGGCUUUACAAAUAUGGACAACACUUGUAGUGUUGCAGUAGUCCCCUCAUUAAUCUGGCUACACAGGACAAUACAAAAUCAAAAACUUUAGAUUUCAUUGUAAGCUGUAUGGUAUACGCAUAUACAAGUGCUGAAAGACACUUACACUAGGUAGGUAAAGCUAAUAAAUUCAUAUUUUAUAUUCAUGGCAUCGCUUUAUGCUCAAAACAGUGCAAAUGACAUUUUUCUUCAUAUCUCCCAAUGGAUAUCUGUUUUGAAAGCAAGGUCCAUAAUGCUUGUACAGGAGUUUAUUUUGUAUGUACUUUUGUAUUGCAGAACUGCUUGUAUGUAGAAUUGGAGAUGCUACAACAUUACAAUUUUUUCGUGUUGUUUUCAUGUUAAAUAACGGAACAAAAUGGAAUGUUACAAUAUUUAGUGUACAGAUAAGAAGUCUGCAAAGUUUGAUCUGAAUUAAAAUCUUGUAAAUGUACAGCUUAAGGCGGUUUAUAAGGCACCCUGCAACUUGUUUGUUACUGUAAAUACAUUCCGUAUUUUAAGAAUGUUAAAAUAUAUAUAUAAAUGUUACUAUAUCUAGUAGUUUCUAUUCAAAUUGCCCUAUGUUCAUGGACAUGUUCUGAAAUAACUGUGGUAAUUUGAAUUAAAAGCUGCAGUUUUAAAGUUAAA